UCCGGUCACCGCACCCGGAACGAAAAGGAAAGGGCCGGUGCAGCCGCUCCGUCUUCCGUUCCGGUCCGGCUUGUCCCGGGUUGCCAUGGAGACCUCACCCCCCCCUCACCCCAGGCCCGGAUGGCGCUGGUGAUCAGGAACACGCAGAGAGCGGUGCCGCUCCGCCGGGCCCGGCUCGGCCGAGACGUUCAGGCCCUCCGCCGCCUGUUGGGCCUCGGACGGUUCGACCUGGGCCUCGUCUGCGUGGACGACCAGCGGAUGCGGGCCUUGAACGGGCGGUACCGAGGGCAGGAGGCGGCCACCGAUGUGCUGUCCUUCCCUUUCCAUGAGGAUCUGCGAGCAGGGGAUAUUCCCAAACCCCUACACCGUGAUGAUUAUAACUUGGGAGACAUCUUUCUUGGAGUGGAAUAUAUCUACAGAGAAAGCCAAGCACACAGACAAGACUUCUACAAUGUACUAACGGUGACUACAUUACAUGGAAUUUGCCAUCUACUAGGCUAUAGACAUAGCACAGAAGCUGAAUGGAAACAGAUGUUGCAAAAAGAGUCCAACACCCUCCAACUGUUUAAUCGUUUCACUGGAGCCAGAUUGCAGCCACUAAUGUUGAACACCACCUGAAUGCAGAUGUGGCUGAGAGCCGCUUGGAAUCAUUUUGUUCAAUUUUUCUAUUGUGAAUUAUGGUGUAGCACAGAUUCUACCAGCAGAAUAAAGGCGAUGCCCCACUGGACGAUGAAGAUUAUUUAAUUGCACAGUAUCAAUAAAGUCACUCAUUUUCAGAA